CCAGGCUCAGCAAAGAAGAAAAAAUCAAAAGCCAACCGCCCCAAGCCCGCGCGCGUUAGCAUUUCAGGCGCUCAGUCGUCGGAAUAUGUCCCUCCAGACGAAUUCUUAGAGAGCGUCUAUCACGCAGAGGGAUGGUCCAAUGUUGUAGAUAUUCUAUGUGCCAUGCUUGACUUACCCGAUAUGGUCACCCGCAGCGGGUUCAAGAAGCUGCACAAGAAUUUUGACGAUAUAUCGCGCACUCUCAACCUUCUCUACUCAUUCGCCCGUAGCAGCAAGAAUGAUCGACUCGCAGGAGCCGUUAUUGCACUUUACGCGAAAAUGUCCGCAGACACGAUUCUAAGGGAUCGUAUCUUCAAAGAAGCUGACUUCAUGGCGAUGGUGAUACCCUUGCUGGAUCGGCCCGUAUGCUGUCAUAUUGCUCUACAGGCUCUCAGCUCCGUCACCCAUCAUGGAGGUAUAGACGUCCGUCUCCAGAUCGCAAAAAAGACCUCCGUUUUCUUGCAACUGCUCGAUGAACAGCCGCAUGACAUGAAAGCGGUUGAGCUAACGAUCACAGUGCUAUCGCACAGUGUAGCGAGCGUCACCAAUAACGAGCAACCUCCUGACCCUAAGCUGCUGCCACUUGUCCAUGUUCCGCGGCUGGUUCGCACGAUAAUCUCUUUCAUCCGCAAGCCCCAAGUACCGCAGAUGCUUUUUGAUCAUUCUCUUGUGCUCCUAUCCGGUGCUGCACAACAUUGCCACAGAGAGUUUCACGCCAUCCCCAGCGUUGUCAACCUGCUUGUCGCGUGUACGAGAGAUGCCGACAUUCGUACUCGGGCUACGGGCCUUGGUGGCAUUCUACGACUAUACUAUAAAGACAACGAAAUUGAAGACACCCGUCUGGAUCCGAGGAAGUAUGUUGAAGCCGUUGGCAAACGCUGGCCAGACAACCUCACAGAUGUGCUGAUGAACUAUGGCAUGCCGCGCUGCGAAACAUACACGCUCGUCAACACAAUGCGCGACUUCCAGGUAGCGAUGGCGGACAUCACGAAAGAUCGUGACUUUCAUGCGCUCGGGCUAAAGUUUGCGGAGUACAUCCUUCGAACGGAGUACUCCAUCAGUCAAGGCGCAUGGGAGGUGGAGGAUCCACGCACGGGAAAGCGGGAGAUAAGGAGCAUAGGACUGCCGUUCAUAUGGUGGAUAGAUUCACUCCCGCUCGCAGCAAAAGCACUUCACGAUCAUGGUUCCGCAGGCGAGCUAGACAAGGCGGACAUUGUCCAGCUGAAAUAUCUGAUCAUAAAGUCUCGCCUGCCUGAAGCUCAUGCCAUGGCCCGCAAAGCCAUAGAGCGCAGCCCACACGUUGGAUUUUGGUACUACGUGCUCACGUUGGGUGCCGACACCGUGGAUGGUCUCCGCAUCGCAAAGCAGGGGAUGAAGUGCCCCAACAUGUCCGAUUACGUGCGGUUUGGUCUUAUCUAUCGAGCAGCCGAGCACGCGAUGACCCUCGCGUUGGCCAAAUUGGACGAAGCCAUGAAUGUGGGGCAUAACCUGGCAGAGGGUUUUGCGCUCGCCAUGUGCGCCAUGGAAGAUUCUCACACCUAUAUUCAAGAGGCACCCCCGGAUACACGCAGCAUGAAGAGCGUCUUGUAUAUCAACCUACUCUCGAUGCUCCUCGUCAAAGGCCAUGAACUCCACGCGGAUAAUAGGGAACUCAAGGAACUGAAAGGGAAGCUGCAGCUUGCAGACGAUUUUUCUACUUUCCUCUCACGUCCGAUCAGCAAGACCCAGAUGCGCCUGACGUGCACCACCAUCAUCGACCGUAUGGAACAGGCGUGGAAGGAGUGGGAUACUCACAUCCCCCAGUUCUCCGAGACCAUGCCAUCUGACAUUUCUGCGGCCGCUGCCGAGGAUGACCUCGCCGUUUGGCUCGAGAAGGUCGAAAUCGAAGAUCCGGAUAUUGCGGGAGGCCACCAGCACGAAGAUGAUCAAGGAUAUCUUCAUCCGAAGAUCAACUUCAGCGAUGUAGAGCUUUACCGUUGUUCAUGGUGCAGAAACCCGAGCGCGCUCUUGAAGAAAUGCAAGGGGUGCGAAAAAGCGAGGUUC